GUCGCACCGGAUGAACUCGAGCAGCUGACCGGGAAACGGUUGAUGCAGGGGGGCUAAAUUUAUCUUCCGUCGAGGUUCAGCUCGGCUGCUGGAGGAAGACGCGUUUUCUCUACAAGACUUUGUUUCGCGGGUUGUUUAUUUCUCACCUGUGAUUUUUUUUUUGUUUGUUUGUUUUUCACUUCCGCGGUUCGUGGUUCCGUCCGCGCUCAGGCCGGAUCAGCGGCGGCGGCAACAACAUGGCUGAACCCGCAGGAAAGAGGUUAAAGAGCAGCCUGCCGCUGUGCAAGACGCACCGGAGCUCCGCGGGCACCAGCCGGGCCAGGCACAACCUGCCGGCCGCCGUGGAGGAGGCUCUGUGCGGGGUGAGCAGCCUGCUGUUGGACGGAGCGUACAGACUGCAGGCUCUGGCCAGUGUGUUUGAGCGGGACGACGUCGCUCUGCCUCGCGUCGCUUCUUUCUUCCACCAGGAGGCGCUGAAGCAGCAGGACGAGACCGAGGCCAUGCUGGGCUACCUGGCCGAGAGGGGGGGCAACUACUGCGGCAAAGACAUCCAGAAGCCGGGCUGCGAGGCGGUCGGCGCCGUGUUGCCGGCUCUGGAGCUGCUGCUGCUCCAGCUGAAGGAGGAGGCCGGCGUCCUGGUCGAGCUGAACCAGUUGGCCCGCAAGCACGGAGACCCGCACACCGCCAGCGUCGUGAAGAGCCACUUCCUGACGCCGCGGGUGGACCGCCUCAAGCUGCUGGGAGACCUGCUCACCAGCGCCCGUCGGACGGGCUGCACCAGCGACCAGACGGGGCGGUUCGGGGAGUACAUCCUGAAUGAGCUGCAGGAAGAGCUCAGCAGAUGAUUGGUCAGCUUCUCUGAACAGGAAGUUUAUGAUGCUCCUUGUGGCGUUUCUCUGCAGGGAAUAAAGGGUUAAUUUCCCUCAGUAAAAGAUAAAAAUUUGACAUUUUGGGAAAUUUACUUUUCGGCCAUUUUCCCCAGAGUCAAACAUGUUUAGCCUAGCUUAGCACAGAGACUGAAAGCAGAGGGAAGCUGCUAGCCUAGCUCGAUUAAAAGAGAUAUAAAAAAUGUUUUUCCAUCAACAACAAAACUUUAACUUUUUCCAGAAUGAAGUCCAGAAUAUAAAUUAAAGUGUUUAAGAAAAAAGAAAAUUUUUUAUCCUCCAUGAAUUAGCUACCACUCAAAACACUGUUACGUUGUGACUUGUUCACGCCAUGUUACAUGUUUCAUUUCUUUUAUAAUUACAAAUGAAAAGUCCAUGUGAUUGGAAAAGCACUUUACAAUAAACAGGAAGCUUAAUUAAACGGAUAAAGAAAGAGAUAAACAUUCUUCAGGACGUGUUUAGCCUAGAUUAGCACAGAGACUGAUAGCAGGGAGAAGCUCUUUAGCCUAGCUUAGCACAGAGACUGAUAGCAGGGAGAAGCUCUUUAGCCUAGCUUAGCACAGAGACUGGUUGCAGGGAGAAGCUGUUUAGCCUAGCUUAGCACAGAGACUGGUUGCAGGGAGAAGCUGUUUAGCCUAGCUUGAUUAAAAGAGGAAACAAAAUGCACCUUCAAACAACUCCUGUCUUUAUAUUGUUUAUAUUAGUUUGUUCAGUUUCGAAUUCAAAACAGCCAAAACUCUUGGCUACGUCGUCACCUUCAUGUCCGUUAUGUUCAUAAUGUGUUUCCUCUCUUUUGUUGGUGUCAGUGUGGAAGAAUAUUAAACCAAGUGAGAAGAUAAGACUUAAUCAAGGACGUGUUUAGCGUAGCUUAGCACACAGACUAUAGAAGCAAGGGGAAACGGCUAGCAUAGCAUCAAAAUAGAAAAUGUAUCCUACCAUUUCCAUAUAUUUUACACUGUUGAAAGUUUGUCAUGAAAUAUUUUCAUUUAAAUAUUAAGUUUCUGUCAAAACUGUUAGUUAAUGUAAAGUUGUGACCUUUUUGUUUCAUUCUUACGGUAUGACUGUUGCGUUUGUGUUUUCCCUCUCCCUCGUCAUAACUUUUAUAAGUGAAUAAUGGGAGGGUCAGUGAGUGAACCACCAGUUUUUGAUUAAAAAAAAAACAAAAAAAACAAAUUAAACCAGUUCAGAAAGAGAAAGACGAAGUUUUGAGAAAAAAAAUGCACCUUGAAACAACUCCAAAACUGAUUUACAUGUUGUAUCUCGCUAGAUAGCUGGGUUCAUCUAACAGGGGAUUUAGCACAGAUCUGGCAACCCAACACGACUCAUUUCUGCUGCUGUUCAACAAACUAGAUACGACAUGAAAAUGAAAAACAUUUUCCAAAAGAAAGGCUCCUGUAAAGUUUUUCGUAUUGAAAUUCUAUAUUUUUCAUAUUUUCAUUUGAGGAAUUUAAAGAUAUUUUUCUAGAAAACUUUUAAAGCGACGAACAUGUACAGAGGAUCAACCUGAGCAGCUUUCAAACAUCUUGGACGGUACCAAAGAGGUUUUUAUCUGAAUAAAUGAUUUUUAAAGAACAUGAAUGUUUCCUACAUGAAGCCGGUUGUAAAGUAAAGAACGUUACUCCGCAUCUUCUGUUUCUGCUUCUACAUAUGAAUAUCAUUUUAUUUGAAUUACUCACAGUAUAUGAAGCAUUUAAUCACAUGUUCUUGUUUGAGGUUUUGUACCAAAUUGUUUGAUUGUUUAUUUGUUUUUGCGAUUCUCUAAAGUUUGGGCUCGUUGUGCACGACGGUAUUAAAUAAAGAUGGAAAAAUG